CUUUUGGGAAACAUACCACGCUGACCAUCCUGCUGCGCUGUCGUCUCAUCGUAAACUCUUGUGCACCCUCUGGUGCUUGCUAGUCUCCAAAACUUCUUUGUGUUGCCUGCUUUGCAGAUUGUCUUCCUUGUCUCUGUGGUUGCUCAUUAUUCAGAGACAGACGGAUCUCAGGUCAUCUGCAGCUGCAGCACAAGAGAAGCAGGAAAGAUGGCGAUCAUCCACUAGACCGGGCACACGCAUGAGACACGGAACAACUUUUAAGAAGGUCGUUUUUCUGGACGAACCCUCCAUCCCAGGAGCCCUCAGUGAUGGAGGUGCUACAGUGCGAUGGCUGUGAUUUCCGAGCUGAGUCAUAUGAUGAACUCAAGACACACAUCCAGGAUGUCCACACAGCCUUCUUGAAACCCGCUGAAGUUGUUGAUGGUACACAGGAUCUGUCAAGGUCUGCAUCUCUGAACUCCCUCAGUCAUGCAGAGGAUGAGGAAGAGGACUUCUCUACUGAGACUGAUGAUGCAGGCCUCCACUCCAUGGACAAAGACGUGGACCAGUGUUCCAAUUCCAAAUCAAAGCUAUGCAGUCAGCCAGCAAAUCCCCCAAGUAAAUCGUCCAGCCCCUUUUUCCAGUGCAAGUUUUGUGUCCGCUACUUCAGAUCUGAAUCCCUCCUAAUUGAACACACCAGAAAAAUUCAUGGAACGGUUGGAGCGGCCUCAGAGACCACAGGAAACUCACAGACAGUCAAGCAGACAAACUACAAUGUACACAUGCAUGAAGUCUUUGGGAAAAUCUUUUCUUGCCAGUAUUGUACAUUCAAGUUUACUAGUAGGGCCAGACUGAAUAAACAUCAAAAGAAGUAUCAUGAAGAUGUUUUGUUGGAUUCUCCAGGGUCCCCUACUGAAGAGGAAGCUGACACUGAAGCUGUUACAAUGGAAUCAGAAUCUGAGGACUUUGAUGAGGAAGCACCACAGGAUGAUGAAAUGCGCAGAAUCUUAGACUUAAUGUAUAAAUGUAUCUCUAAGUCCAGUGGAAACUUAACAUGUGAGUGGUGUGAUUAUCAGACCCAUAGGCAAGAACUGUGGUAUGAUCACAUGGCAAAAAAACAUUGUAAUAUGCUAAAGAUUAUGUCAUCACUUCAGGAGGAUAGUGGAUCUUCCAAAUCAGGAUCUUCAUCCCCAAGACAUACUCCAACAUCUAAGCUGAUGGCAAAUAAUUUAAAUGGCAAUAAAGAUUCAGCAUUAAAGAAAGCUUCUGGAAAUGCAGUUGUGAAAGCCCCACCAGGGAUAUCACCUUUUCAGUAUUCACAGAUUUCAGCAAAAGUUCCCAACAGUACAGGCUCUUCCAUUUUAUCAGAAAGGUCAACCUUCGUCAUGUCUGAUAUGUCAAAUUCUGCCAUAGACUUAGAUACCAGUCUGCUCAACGAUUCCAGAAGCAGCUCAGAAGAUGAACUCGGUGACAUGGAUGAUCCCAAUUACAGAGACCCCUUGUCAGCUGAGGAUUCCACUAAGCUGCUUCUGUCAGAGGAGGAUAAUAAAAUGCUUGAAACAAAAGGGAUCCCAUUCAGACGGCACUUGAACAGGUUUCAGUGUCCUUUCUGUUCCUUUCUCACAAUGCAUCGACGGAGUAUUUCUCGUCAUAUAGAGAACAUACACUUGUCUGGCAAAGCAACAGUGUACAAAUGUGAUGACUGUGCGUUCAUAUGCACCAGUCCACUCAAGUUGGAAAGUCACAAGCAAAAUCAUAUUGGUUCAUCUUCAGACUGGGACACUAUGGACUUAACAUGUGAAAGCCCAGACGAUGAAAAUGAGUCAAUAGAUCCCUUGAAUGGGGAAAGUGCAGGCUCAAAGAUCAAUGGCAAGAAAUCAAGUCCUGGAAAUGAGGUAAAUGAGCAAAAUCUUCAUCACUGUACUCUCUGCAACUUCUCUACCAUGACACUGAAAGGGCUGAGAGUGCAUCAGCAACAUAAGCAUUCUUACUGUGACAAUAUAGCAGAUAGCACCGAGGGUUCAAUGAAUGAGCAGCAAGACACAGACUCCGAAACAAAUAGCUCAGCAAAUUUUGUACAAAAAACUCAAACAUCAAUCUGGGGAAACGCCUCAAAAAAACACCUUGUUGGCAAAACUGCAAGGAAGUCUAUUAAUGACCAACCUUUGGACCUGUCCCCUGUUAAGAAACGUACAAGAAUUGAUGAAAUUGCCAACAAUCUCCAAAGCAAGAUUAGUCAGACCCAACAGCAGGAGGAUAUGGUUAUCAAUUUAGAGGAACUUGGUGAUGAUGAAGAUGAGGAGAAACAAAGUGAUUUUCACAUGGAUAAGGAGAAAGAUGUUCAUAAUCACAGCUACUUGUAUAAUACAAACAAUUUGUAUCAGAUUGAAUCAAAAGAGGUGAAAGAAGAGUGCAGAUCAGGGAGAGACUCAGGAGAGGUGAAAGAAGAGCGCAGGUCAGGGAAAAGAAAACGAAACCUUCAGGCAAAAGGUUCUGUGAGAAACAUUCCUGUUCGAGUAACUGUGUCUGAAGAUGAGGACAAUGAAAAUAAUUUCAGUGCCUCUGUUGACAAAAAUCUUCAAAUUCAAAACACUCAAGAUGGUCAAAAUACUUUCCAAGAGACUGUUGAGUACACAGAAGAACCUGGGAACCUUUUCUAUUGUAAACACUGUGAUUACCAAAACAAGUCUGCGCGUAGUGUCAGUACACACUACCAGAGAAUGCAUCCCUACAUUAAAUUUAGUUUUAGGUACAUCCUUGACCCAGAGGAUCAGAGUGCUGUCUUCCGUUGCCUGGAGUGUUACAUUGAAUACACCAACUUUAAUGAUCUGAACCAGCACUAUAUGGAACAUCAUCCAGGGGCCAGUAAUGUUCUGAACUUAAACCAACCCAAUCUCAUCUAUAUGUGUCGCUUUUGUUCUUACACCAGUCCUAAUGUGCGUAGCUUAAUGCCCCACUACCAAAGAAUGCAUCCCACGGUGAAAAUUAACAAUGCCAUGAUUUUCUCCAGUUACAUGGUUGAUCAGCCUCAGAAAAGUGCUGAGUCUCAAACACUAAGGGAGAUCUUAAAUUCAGGACCCAAGAGCUUCACAUCCUCAACACCAGUGUCACGGUCCUCAUCGAGCCCUUCCCUCAAAACCAUCUCUAAAGUAUCAGAGUCUACAUCAGAUACUGAGACCCUCAAAGAGACCAUAGGAGGAAAUGUUGUUGUCUAUGAUUGUGAUAUGUGUUCCUUUGCCAGUCCCAACAUGCACUCAGUCCUGGUGCACUACCAGAAGAAGCAUCCAGAACAAAAGGCCUCCUAUUUCCGUAUUCAGAAAACCAUGAGGGUGAUCUCAGUUGAUAGAAAUCAGGCACCUACUUACAACCUUCCCAACACUCCAAAAUCAGCAAACAUGAUGCCAUUAGGCUUAGAUGAUGAAGUUUAUUAUUGCAAACACUGUGUAUAUAGCAACCGUUCUGUGGUUGGUGUACUUGUCCAUUAUCAGAAGAGGCAUCCAGAAAUAAAAGUAACAGCAAAAUACAUUAAACAUGCACCUCCAACUCCUGGUCUCAUGAAGCUCAUGGAUGAGUUACAGAUUGCUCCCCCAAAGCAGUUCUUCAAACCAUCUAGCAACAAUGGGACAGAUGCUUCAUCAACCAAAGGAAGCAAUGAAAAAGGCGAAGCAGAGAUGUUGUUUUUUUGCCAACACUGCGACUAUGGGAAUCGUACAGUCAAAGGGGUGCUUAUUCACUACCAAAAGAAGCACAAAGAUGUGAAAGCUAAUGCAGACUUGGUGCGCAGGCACACAGCUGUGGUACGCAGCCAGAGGGAGCGCGCCCAGCUGAACCAAACUGCUGCUCCAGCAGGAGCUACCACAGUCUCUACAUCUGACAAGGACACAUCACAAAAGUUGAGAUCAUUGAAGUGUAGGCAUUGUUCUUAUACAUCUCCAUAUGUGUAUGCUCUACGGAAACAUUUAAAAAAAGAUCAUCCUACUGUCAAAGCAACAGCCAUUACCAUCCUCAAUUGGGGUUAUCAGGAUGGUGUCCUUGAGGCUGGAUAUCACUGUGAAUGGUGCAUCUAUUCCCAUGUUGAACCAAGUGGGCUGCUUAUGCAUUACCAAAGACGACACCCUGAGCAUAAUGUGGACUAUACCUAUAUGGCUAGCAAACUUUGGGCUGGUCCUGAUGCUUGUGCCUCCCAACAAGGGGGAAACUCAGACACAAAGCACUAUCAGUGCAGGGAUUGUGCCUAUGAGGCAAGUUCUAUCUGGGACAUAACCAACCAUUACCAAACUGUGCAUCCCUGGGCAAUCAAAGUAGAUGAGUCUGUGCUGCUGGACAUAAUCAAAGGUAAUCGAACACAAGAAAAGAUGCACUCAACUCAGUCAAAAGGACACAAUCCUGGCAUGUCAAAUCCAUUUGAUUGUUACCAAGCAGAUCAUGAAGAAGGCACAAUGGAUGUGUCCAGACCAUCUCAAGAGAGACAGUCCCACCUGUCUUUCACAACUACAUCCAUUUCAAACAACCCGUAUCAAUGCACUGUAUGUCUGUCUGAAUACAACAGUCUUCAUGGACUUUUGACACACUAUGGCAAGAAACACCCAGGUAUGAAAGUGAAAGCUGCUGACUUUGCUCAUGAAUCUGACAUCAAUCCCAGCUCAGUGUAUAAGUGCAGACACUGUCCGUAUGUAAACUCUCGAAUCCAUGGUGUUCUCACCCAUUACCAAAAGAGACAUCCUCUGGUUAAGGUCACUGCAGAAGAUUUUGCUGAUGACAUAGAGCAAGUAAAGGAUUUGGGAAUCGAAGGUGAUGAAAAGUGCAAAACGCAGAGGCAAGGUUAUGGUGCCUACAGGUGCAAAAUGUGUCCUUAUACCCAUGGCACGCUAGAGAAACUGAAAAUACACUAUGAAAAGUAUCACAACCAACCGGCCUCAGACAUGUUCAACCCUGCUGUGACUCAGUUUUCUACCAACAGAGAAGAACAAGUAGCAGAAUGCAGUGCUACAAAUGUCACAGAUGCCCAAGAUGUAUGUGACUUUGAUCUGAGCCUCUCUCAAUUUGAAAAGGGAGAGAAGCAUGCUGUUUUCAGGUGUCAGCUUUGUAAAUACUUCUGCUCUACUAGAAAGGGGAUAGCUCGUCACUACCGUAUAAAGCACAACAAUGUCAGGGCCCAGCCUGAAGGAAAGAACAAUGUUUUCAAGUGUGCCCUCUGCUCAUACACCAAUCCCAUCCGCAAAGGUUUAGCAGCCCAUUAUCAGAAACGUCAUGAUAUCGAUGCAUAUUACACACACUGUCUGGCAGCCUCCAAGGCCUUGACUGAGAAGCCCAAUAAGGUGAUGGUACCCUUGACUUCUGAAGCUGAUGGGGCCGGAAUGAGUGAAGAACUGAAACUUGCUGUGGAGCGAAGAAAGUGUUCCCUUUGUUCAUUUCAGGCAUUCAGUAGGAAAAGUAUUGUCUCACACUACAUCAAGCGCCACCCAGGUGUCUUCCCCAAGAGACAACACUCAAGCAAACUGGGACGAUAUUUCACCAUUAUCUACCCUAAAGAAAUGGACAAAUCCUCUGCUGUGGAGGAGAAUGAGUCUGUUGAGGUCAAACCAGAAGCAGAGCAGGAAAGGGACCUUGAGUGGUUGCCUUUCAAAUGUUUAAAAUGCCACAAGAUAUGCUUCAGCUCAGCCGAUCUGCUUUGCAUGCACUACAAUGACUACCACAGCAGGGACCUCAGGCGUGAUUUCAUCACAGUUGCAAACCCUGAGCAUGGGAACUCCGAAUUCUAUCAGUGUGCCCACUGUGAGCUCAAGUUCUUGGCCCUUACUGACCUCACAAACCAUCUGAUGGAUCACAAUGAGGAAACUCAGAAGCGAGCAAUGAGACAAGAAAGAAGGAAGCAACUCCAGAACAAACAGAAGGUCAAUGAGCAAAUAGAAACCAAGCAAGAGAAGUUGGAUGCCACUGCUGAUAAAACCCCAAUAGGCUAUCGGUGUAAUUUCUGUGUGGAGGUCCAUCCCACCCUCAGAGCCAUCUGCAACCACCUGCGAAAACAUGUGCAGUAUGGUGAGGCUAAAGAAGGCCAGCUGAAGCAGGAUAUCACAGAAGUAUCGUUUCCUGGUGCAGAGGAUGCCAUUCCCAAUGGCAACACAGAGGACUCGUUGCCCAUUGACGAUGCUGUGUCUUCAGAGAUGGACUUAUCUGUGGCUGAUAUGGCCUCCACUGGAGAUGUCCCCAUAGAAACAGGGGAGAAGCCUAUGGUUGUGAAUGCACCUGUGUCUGUCCAGGAAAAGGAGAGACGGACAGGCGGUCACCCCUGCGCCCAGUGUGACCGUAUCUUCAUGUCUAUGCAGGGUCUCCGGUCUCACGAGAGAAGUCACUCAGCCAUGGCUCUCUUCUCUCGGGAGGACAAGUAUAGCUGCCAGUACUGUCAAUUUGUUUCUCCCUUUAGACACAAUUUGGAUCGUCACAUCCAGUCUCAUCAUGGCCAUCACAAGCCUUUCCGGUGUAAACUCUGUCCCUUUAAGUCUGCUUAUCUAAGCCGACUGAAGAGUCAUCUGCUCAAAGCACAUGCAGGUGAGAACCCUUACAAGUGCUUAUCAUGCGCCUUCUCCACCAUAACCAUCAGCCAGUUGAAGGAGCACUCUCUGAGGGUCCAUGGAGAGAUGCUAACACUCCCCAAACUUCGGGCAGGGGCAGCAUUGCGCUCCCCACGGCCCACCUUGAGCACUGAUCCCAUGAAUUUGACACAGGAAGGGGAAGAACCAGGCUACUUGGAACCUGCUGACGUUCAACAGCAACUCAGCCACUACCAGCUUGCUUCACGGAACCAAUCCUCCUGUAGCCCCCCUGCAGCUUCUGGUGUAGUAGCAGAGUCCCGUCCAGACAGCGUUCUCACCUGUGAGUUCUGCGAGUUCAGCUCUGGCUACAUGCAGAGUCUACGUCGGCACUACCGUGAUCGCCAUGGGGGAAAGAAGCUCUUCAAGUGCAAGGACUGCUCUUUCUUCACCUGCUACAAGUCAACCUUCACCAUUCAUGUGGAGGCUGGCCAUACCAGUGCCCCUGAAGAGGGGCCAAAAGAUUUGCGGUGCCCAUUCUGCCUCUACCACACCAAAUACAAAAGCAAUAUGAUAGACCAUGUUGUCCUGCACAGAGAAGAACGUGUUGUACCGCUAGAGGUGUCCCGUUCCAAGCUCUCACGCCACCUGCAGGGUGUUGUGUUCCGCUGCCACAAAUGCACCUUCACCUGCUCUAGUGAUGAAAGCCUCCAGCUGCAUAUCCAUAAGCAUGAUGAGAUAAAGCCCUACCAGUGCCAGCUCUGCUACUACGACAGCAAGUACAAGCAGGCUCUGGAGAACCACCUGCGGGAUGAGCACAAGGUGAUACGAAACUUUGAGAUUAUGGGACGGGUCAGUCUGGACCAGCUGGAGGCUCUGAAGAAUAAGAUGAACAACCUCAGCAGUGGCGAGGAAGAGGAACAGGUUGAAGGACAGGAAGAAGAAGGAACAAAGGAGCAGAAGGAAAAUGAAGAAGUGGUGGGAGUUAAUGAGAUGGAUGUACAAGAAGAUGAGUCUGAAAGGCCUGAGGCUAAAGAUAGCGAUUCUUCAGAGACUCCCUGCUCCCAAAGUUGUGGGAGCAUCACUGGCAAGGAAAAACGCUUUCCCUGUGAGUUCUGUGGCCGUUCUUUCACCAAUAGCUCAGAGUGGGAACGGCAUGUACUUCGGCAUGGCAUGUCAGUUAACAACAGUUCAGAUGCCAGCCUCAUCCCAGCAAUAGGAACAACAGCUCAGCAUCUUAUUGGCUCUGCUGUCUGGAUGGAUAGAGGUGGCAGCCAACCUAGUAGUCCAAUCAAUUUGGAGACUGAAUAUCCAUCAGAUCUAUCAAAAAGUAUCAAUUUGAAUGAGGAAAACAAAGAAAUGCUUGACCAAAAAUGAGCUGGACGAUACCAUAUUGCUGUGAAGAAUUUGGAGUCAACUGAAUGGGCUGCUUCAUAUACCCUUAAAUUGUCAAAAAAAGGCUCAAUUAACCAUUAUGUAAUCCAUUGUUAAAUUUUUUAGUGUUGCACAUUAAGUUGUAAUCCAUCUAUUGUUUAAAGUUAAACCCAUGAAUAACUUGGUCCCAUUGGACAUAUCCUAAUAUAUUGGUAACCAAUAGCUAAUAGAACUGUGAAGUCAUCAUUUGGGUCAAAUCUUAGCUUCCUGAUGGUGGUUCUUGGGAUGACUAAAAAGAGGGAAUGUAAUAGACAGUGUACAAAAUGAGGAUAGUAAAGCAGUGUCCGUUCCAAACACUUGGUCAUUGUAUUAAGCCGGACUGGCCUUUGAUUUUCUAACUUUACUGAAGGGGCCUCUAGUCAUGGCGGUUCUGUUUUGUCAUCCUCUAAAGUGCUCCCUGAUCUCUUCACUCUCUUGUAGUUUUGCACGUAAAGGUGCAGUCCUCAAUUCUAAUUCCAUCACCUUUUCUUAAAUUCAGUGAAUUGCUCCUCACUGUCCUUAAAAAGAAACUCAGGUGUUUGUGCACAGUCCUGGCCCUGUAAAUGUGACCCUGCGAAACCAGUCGCUUUGCGCACGGUGCUAUUUUGAGAAAAUCCACGAUAACGUUACGUUUUCGCAUAAUUCGACAGUAUACAGUCUACACUUUCAUAUUGUGAAAUUUCACAGGAAAACAUACGUUUUGACUGUUUAACCCUCUCUGUAAUAAUUGUGCCCUCACACUAUCGCACGUGACAAUUUAAAGAAGACUUAAAAAGGUGAUUUUCUCCUCUUCUGGCGUAUCGUGACAGGAGAACCAUGGCAACUUUGGAUGCGGUCAUCUUAGCGAUACUUUUUGCAACAGCCUACCCUCGAUAUACAUAUCAUUGGAAAGCCUAGUUUAUGGCCGUUCAUGUGAGCACGAUAACUUAAUUUUGUAAAUUUUACCAAAGCGACUGGUUUCGCCUUGCAGGGAAACGACUAGGUUUAGACAGAGCCAUAAACAAUCCAGCCAAUCAACACAUGUGCUUCAGGAGCAUGGAAAAAGAGAGGGAUGUUCUUUGACUGUUGAGCUCAAAUAUCUGCAGCCUUUUGCAAAACCAAAACCCGAAUCGUGGGCUGCAUCUUUACUCAAAGUAGAAAGGUUUCUGUGAUUUGACCUGAAUAUUUUUUGUUAUUUGUAUGUUUGCUUUAUUAGACCCAUUUUUAAUCCAGAUAUAUUCCUUUAGGAAUAUUGAUGUGUUAUUUAUCUUAAUGUCAAAGAAGUUUCAUUUUUUAUAGAUCUUAAGAUAUUGACACUGGCCCUAAAAUUGUGUAGCAAAUUGCUACUGAUAUUUGUGAUAUGUUUCACUUGCCUCCAUAGGCAUUCCCUGCACUUCCUAACGCUUACUGCUUUUAACAACGUCUGACCAACUCCAGGAUGGCACAUAUUUUCACUUCUUAUACAUAGUAUGCACAGUAUAUAUAUGCAUAGUAUAUAUAUUGUGUAUAUAAGGUAUACAGAAUAUACAUAUCCCUUUUUUAUUUGGUGUGUCUGUCAGAAGUUUUUAAUGAAUUGGGUUCAAGUGCAAAUCGAUCUCUAUUGUUUGAUGGAUGACUCCAUAUAUAGUUAAGUAGAUAUCAACAAUGUAGCUAUGGAUCUCAGGUAGUACUUUCACCACACACCCAUUUUCAGUACUGAAGUAUCUUCUGAUCUAGGAAGUAGCAGUAUGUUGGUCUGUGCAUCAACACAAACAGCAACAAAUGUGCUAUAUUCAAUAAAAUACACCGUCAGAAGGGAAAUUUCUCUGCGCAGGGGAAAUCUCACAGGGGAGAAGCUUUUCAUUUGCAUUUUAAAAUACAUAUGAAUGACUAAGAAAAUAUGUGCGGUCAUACAUUUAACUACAUAGAAAAAAAACUUUUUGUGCUAUGGAAAGCAAAAUAACAUGUGCCAUCCUGUUGUGAUGACAUAGAAGCCUGGUGUGCCAUCAGUUUAUUAUGGGGGAAAAUAAUAGCAGAGAUUGUAUGUAUUGGAAGUUGCUGCUCUAAUACCCCAAAGCCUUAUUAGAUUCUCAAAUAAUAUGUUGUAGCUCGGUGAAUAUGCCAACCAACAACAAAGUUAUCUCAACACACACACACAUAAAAAAAACAUUCAAUAAUUGAACUAAUAAUUAUGUCCAGAACAACUAUUUUUACUUGUUUUUCUUUUUCUUUUUUAAGACAAAAGCAAGAGAACACUCUCGUUGGUACCAAAACUGCCAGCCUUAUUAAUUUGCUGGCUGUCUUUGAGAUUGUCUUUCCUGAGCAAUGAACCAUUGUUGCAAGGAAGGAGAGCCCAAGUGCCAUGUGGUGCAUUCUGGGAUCUCUGCAUGCCGAAUGCAGCUAUGUAUAGAACUACUUGUCAAGUGUUUGAAACUGUGGUGUUUCAGAAAAGACUCUUACCUUUUACCCUUUUAAAUGUCUAAAAUCAUAUGAAACAACCUAAAAAGGUAACUUUUUGGAGUUUUUCCAAUCUCAAUCAAAUGUUAAAAGCUGUUGUUAAAAUGUCUGGUUAAGAAAUAUCUCUUUUUUUUGUACCUUCAAAUUCCGGGAGUUGUUUUGGUGACCUGCCUUUUCAUCCCUCUCUUCCUUUAUAAGGACUAGCAUAGCUUUUUAAAAUAUAUAUAUAUAUAUAUAUAAAUAUAUAUAUAUAUCUCAUUAGGAAAAAAAAACAUUGGAGAAUAAGCUUUUGAGUGACUGCUAUUAGCUGUCAGUCUCAUUCAUAACACACUGGAUAUGUGUAAAUAUUUUAGUUUUUGUCUUUCCAUCUCUUCUGACUGUUGAAGUUCUUCAUAGACUUAGGUCCUACAUCUUGCCUUUCUCCUGUGAAAAUUUGGUCCCAGAUGGUGGGUUGUCAUGUUGCCUAGAAUGAAUGUUUACAAUUUUAUUCCAUUUAUUUCUGGAUGAUGUAAAUAUUGUAAUUCAUUGUCUUUUUUUAACUUGUUAAUAAAGUUAUCAGAUAAUGUUACAGUGAA